GGAUGGCUCUUUUGCAAAUACAUCCUGGUGCUGUUGUUUUUGCUAUAUUAGCAGCAAUGUCAAUACAAGGUUCAGCAAAUCUGCAAACCCAGUGGAAUACUGUAGGGGAGUUCAGCAAUUUGCCACAAGAAGAACUUAUAGAGUGGAUCAAAUAUAGUACUAAACCAGAUGCAGUGUUUGCGGGUGCCAUGCCCAGGAUGGCAAGUGUUAAGCUCUCUGCACUUCGGCCCAUUGUGAAUCAUCCACAUUAUGAAGACGCAGGCUUGAGAGCCAGAAUGAAAAUAGUAUACUCAAUGUAUAGUCGGAAAGCAGCUGAAGAAGUGAAGCGAGAACUGAUAAAGUUAAAAGUGAACUAUUACAUUCUAGAAGAGUCAUGGUGUGUAAGAAGAUCCAAAGUAGGCAGAGCACUGUUUUACCCACACAAGAAGGGAUACGAAGGCAAAUUCAGGAAGUAUGGCAAUAAACUUUGCACACUAAGCAAAAUAGCAGACAUUGAACUGACUUCAGGUCACUUAAACGAGCACUCAGACUGA